GUUUCCAAGAAUCUAAAGCCAACUCUUUUUCAUCAUAGUAAACGAAUUCAUUCUCUCUCUUACAUCAACCAUCAAAACUACCGAGCUCAAAUUCCACUUAAGAAAGGGUAGACUGAUGGUGAAGUUUGAUUCUUGAAAAUAAAGGGACCCGGACUGGAUAGGAAAGGAGGGAGGGAGAGAGAAUUCGGUUUAUUUUUUCUCUCUCUAUAUUUCUUUUCUGAGCUUUUUUGUAGUCUUGUAUUCUCAAUUCUGAAAAAAAAGAGCAAGCUGUGUUUCUCUUUUCUUGGACUCCUCUAUAGCUGUCUAAAAAAGACUUCUCUCUUGUCUUUGAACUUUCAAUUGGGGCAGAAAAGCAGUUUUCAUGCUAAACGGAGCAACUUAGAAUCAUAUAAAAAGAGAAUUUUAAGAAAAGGGGAAGAAAAAGAUGGAGAUUAUGCAUUACCAGCAAUUGGCGAGGACUUCGUACAAUGAUUCUUUGAGUUUGUUGGAGACUGAUAUUCAACAUGCAAAUGCUAUGGCUGCUGCAAUCCCAAAAGCUAAGGGAGGUGCGCGUCUUCAAAUGAAAUUGGUCUACAAUCACUUGUCACCUCUGUUUCUGUAUUUUCUAAAAUGGAUCGACUGUUCCUGCGCAUAUUUCCUACCAAGAAUCUUAAAUCCUUUUCACAUACUCAUUUAUAAGGUAUAUACAGAUGGAAGGCCAAAGAUUUCAACAAUUGGGCGCAAAGCGACUAUGAAAGAAUUCUAUGGGUUGAUAUUGCCGUCGCUUGAGCAGCUCCAUUAUGACUUGGUGGAGGUGGAUGAUGGUGACUGCAAAAGCAUUGCUUUUUCGAGCAAGAAGAGAUUGGAAGGAGAUGGAGGAGAUUCAGAGAGAGACGACGAAUGUGGAAUAUGCUUGGAGGCUUGCACCAAGAUGGUCAUGCCUAACUGCUGCCACGCGAUGUGCAUCAACUGCUACCGAGAUUGGAGCACAAGAUCUGAGUCAUGCCCCUUUUGCCGUGGUAGUCUAAGACGAGUCGAGUCAAGAGACUUGUGGGAGCUGACCGGCAAGGAUGAAGUGAUUGAGCGUGGCGCUGUCUCGACAGAGGACUUGAGACGAUUCUACCUGUAUGUCAGAAAUCUGCCUAAAGAUAUACCAGAUGCUCUGUUCUUGAUGUAUUAUGAAUAUUUAAUUUAAUAUGAUGUGGGAUUGAGGGUAUAUAUAGAAGAAGCCGACCUCAAAUGUAAAUAGAGUCGGGUAGCUGUCUCAAUAUGUAUAUGAAUAACUGAAUAAGAAGCCGUGCGCUCAUCUUUCAGUAACCUUAAAA